GGGUCUAUCAUUCAGCAAAAACGAGCUAGCCUCAGACAAAUAGAAAGCAUUUUUUUAAAUACUGGGGACCAACCCACAUAAGGGUGCGCAUUUCUAUAUGAUCAGCUAAAUAGAUCCAACCCGCUAGAAUCCUUUCUAAUAAAUUAUAUUUCAAGGGAACGCACUAAACUUUAUUUAACUUAUUAGCCUCAAUUCAUGUGAGUUGUUUUAAAUAAAUACACAUACAAAGAAAAGAGUCUGUUUUUUUAUUCAUCAAAAACGACUUAAGUUUCCUAGGUCGUUUUUGAUAAAUAAAUAUUAUCGUAAAACGCUCUUUGAACAUUCAACUGAAAUGACUCAAACUCUCUGAAUCAUUGUUGAUGAACUGAAAUUAAAAAAAAAAAGUGCAUUUAUAAUUUGGCUAUAAAAUCUCAAACUGUCUAGGGCUUUUAAGAUUAAUAUUUAUUUGCAACUUUAAAGUCACUAAAAUGACUUAAGGACAUUCUCGUAUAUGUAACAACAUUAUUUUCAUAGAUUACCUACUACCAUGCAUUUUUUUAAACGAUAACAUUUUUUUACUUAUACUAUUUUAGUUUAAUAAGUUGCAACCCUUGUUGUAUUGUAUCUUGUGUAAUCACUUGCGUUAUGCGUACGGCGGAAAUAGUGUAACGGCCAAUACAAUAUAUUUUUUUAUAUCGUGCUGUGAGAUUGUAACGAUGAAAAGAAUUGACCGGAUCAUCUCAAGUGCUUUGAAGAAAAAAAAACUCCCGCAGUGUAAGUAAUUUUAUACUUUUAACUUUAACCUCAAAAAGUUUAGAAACUGUACAAACUUAUUAAGACGUUACAUUUUAUUUGUGCAGGUACAGACAAGAAGAAGGAUGAAACUUUGUUAACAAUGGCACCAGUAAACAGGGAUGACACUGAGGGAACUGAUGAUGUGACAACGCCAGCUGCUUUUUUGAAUCCUGCAACUGCAUUGACGCUAUCUCAUAUGCCAGAACAAGUUCUAUCGAAAAUUGAUGUUGUGGAUUCGCCAAAAGCUCCGUUGUAUUCACCGUUGACGCCUUUAGGCGUAGUUGCGUCAAGGCAUAUACACGAGUGCAAAGAUGAAGUGGAUUCACCAGUAGCUCCACCGUACUCGCCUUUGACCCCUCGGGUACCCGGAUAUAAGACAAUUCAAUGUUGUGGAGAAAAUCCAUCACCUUUGCCUGCUAUGUCUCCAAGCACUUUAGAGCUAGUUGAAACUUUGAGUGGAAUAUUUCCAGGGGAUUAUAGUAGUGAUACGGACACUGAUUAUGUGCCUGAUAGUGAAGAAGAUUCAGAUAGUAGCCAUUCAAUUAGAGUAAAGAAAAAUAAUGACAUCAAUAUAAUUUCGGCAAAAUGUUGUAUACCGGAUAGUGAUGAUGAUUUCGAAGCUGGUGUUUCAACAGGAACUGUACAAACUCAUGCUGCUGUGGUGCAUAAUUUGGUAAAUCAGGACUUCGAAAUAAGAAACGAAACAUCAAGUACAACUUUUCAUGUUAUUCGUGGUGAUGAAACGUUGGAUCAAAUUACCAAUUUUGAAGUUCAAAAUAAUGACGAUUAUCUGAUCUUAGAAACACAAAGUGAACCACAGGCAUGUCGUCCCAAAAAAGGACGUAAAAGAAAACACCCAGAGCAUACUAUGGCACAGAAAAAGAACGUUAAAUAUGCCAAUUUACCUUAUCAUGGAAAAAAUAAACUAAUGCCGUCUAAAAACUUUAUAGACUAUACGUGUAAAUGCACUAGGCAAUGUUAUUUCCGCGUUUCAGAAGAAAAUAGGAAAGAAGAGUUCGAAAAAUAUGUUUUAUUAGGCUCAUAUGAAGCGCAACUGCUUUAUAUUUUAAAUAACGUCAAAGAAAGCCCUAAAUCUAGAUCAUACACCUUGAUAAAUAAUAAAUCUGGUAAAAAGAAAGCAAGACAAUACCGAAGAAAUUAUUUUAUAUGUGACAUAGAAGUGUGCAAAGAUAUGUUCACACAUAAUUUUCAAAUUUCUUCUAAGAAAGUCGAUAUUUCCUUACUGAAAAAACGAUCUGGUACCGCUUUGAAAGACAAUAGAGGCAAAGCUCAAGGUGGCUGGAAUAAGACGCCACAAGAGGAUGUCGAGUUCAUUAAAAAUAUAAUAAAUUCCUUGCCUAAAUAUGAGUCCCACUAUAGGAGAGAAAAUAACGACAGUAAAUAUUUAAAACCGGGCACGACUAUCGAAAAAAUUCAUGAAAUUUAUAUAGAUGAAUUAAAAACUGUUUACGGUACAUUAAAAAGACCUGUUUCUAUAAAUACUUUCAAACGUAUAUUUUAUAGUAAUUUUAAUUUGCGAUGUAAGCCAUUAAAAAAAGAUACGUGCAACAAGUGUGAUUCGCUAAGAAAUAAAAUAAAAAAUUGUUCAUCCGAAGAAAAGACAAUAUUAGUUGCAGAAAAAGAAGAGCAUCUAAAACGAGCUGAAGAACUGAGAAUUCAAAUGAAUCAAGAUCUGCAAAGAGCUAAAAUUGACGAGAAAUUUGAGUGUCUGACGUAUGACCUAGAAAAAACGCUUCCUCUUCCCCGGAUACCCACAAAUAUAGUUUUUUACAAGCGCCAGCUUUGGCUUUACAAUAGUGGUAUUCAUGCCGGUUCAAACGACGUAGGUUACUGUAACAUUUGGGUUGAAGGAGAAGCAGGAAGAGGAGCACAAGAGGUAGGGUCGUGCCUCGUACGGUUCAUUAAAAACGAUCUCAGCCAUGAAGUGGAAGAUCUUGUGUUGUGGAGCGAUUGUUGUGGGGGGCAGAAUCGUAACAUAAAAAUUAUUUUAAUACUGAAAGCAGUAUUGGAUUCUCAUCCGAGACUAAAAACAAUAACACUAAAAUAUUUAGAGUCAGGGCAUACAUUUCUUCCCAAUGACACCGAUUUUUCUAAAAUAGAAUACCAAUUAAAAUAUCACCAAAGAAUAUACACCCCCGAUCAAUACAUUAACGUGAUUAAGAGCUGCAAGAAAAAAAUCCACUGAAGGUUUAUAGGAUGCAAAGAAAUGAUUUCUUUUCUACCAGCAAAAUGGAGAAGAAAAUUGUCAACAGAAAAACUUUCGUUACAAAAGCUAAAGUUAACUGGUUAAGGACAAAAAAAAUACUCUUGAAAAGAGAUGAAAAGUAUACAAUCUACAUGGAAAAUACUGAUGGAAUGUUUGAAGAGCUAAACAUUGAAAAGAAAUUAAGAGGAAAACGAUUAGAAAUAUCGGAAGAGGACUUAGUGUUGCUGUGGCCGAAUGGGAAAGAAAUUGCUCAAGCAAAACUGGACGACUUGAAAUCUAUCUUUGACUUUAUUCCCAAAGAUUGUUUAGAUUUCUAUAAAACUCUAAAGGGGAAUGAUAAUAUUAUUGAAGAUGUCGAUGGAUUCGAUUGUGUUACUGAUUUUGAGCUGCUUAUAGAGCAGACAGAGCAGAUGGAGCAGGAUGACCAGGAAGACUUAUUGCAAGAUAUAGUGUAAUAAAAGUAAAGAGUUCAUUUUGGAUUUUUUAAUAGUAAGAGUCACGGUCGAUCAGUUCCUACUUGUGUUUAAUUUUAAAUUAUAAAUGGUAAUUAAUAAAUAAUUUUGCUUUGAUUCA